AUGUUCAAGCCUGAUUCAAAUGUGGAGAUCCUACUCACCUCCGACCCCAAUGCCCGCAAAACAACCAGGAACAACAACAACAACAACAAGCACCACGUGGACGCGCAUUCAACAUCAACACGAAUCAAGCACAAAAGCGAAAAUGAAGUCGUGAACGAGUUUGUAUCCGUUGAAUUCGAACCAAAGUUAAAAUGUACACGCUUGAAACUUGCAAAAUCGUUAACUAUAGAAGUUGCCAAUGGCAAGUCUAUCACCGUUGACUCCAUUCUUCACGAUUGUUUUCUCACUCUUAACGAUCAUGUGUUUCUUAUCGACCUCAUACCCAUGCAAUUGGGUAGUUUCAAUAUCAUAGUAGGCAUAGAUUGGCUUCGUAAGAACCAUGCUGAAAUCGCUUGCCACGAAAAAUUUGUUCGACUUCCUCUUCCACCUGGUGACACUUACACGUCUUUGGCGACAGACCAUCAAAGGGGCAAGGGAAAGGACGUAAGUGAUGUUCCAAUGGUUCAUGAUUUUCCCGAUGUUUUCCCCGAAGACCAACCUGGCCCUCCUUCUUCUCUUUCAGUCGAUUUUUGCAUUGACCUCAUCCCCGGUGCUACACCCGUUGCUAAAGCUCCUUAUCGUCUUGCACCUUCUAAGAUGCAAGAUCUAUCAAGCCAACUUUAG